AAAAACAGGUUUUUUUUUUGUCUUUCAACCCAGGGCCGUGUUCCUCAUGCCAUUCUCAGGAUGGAGUAUCUCAGCGAGAGCUCUCUGGUCCCUUGUGGGCAAGACAAAUACAUCUCAAAGAAUGAGCUUCUGCUACUCUUGAAGACGUACAACUUGUACUAUGAAGGUCAAAACCUGCAGCUUCGGCACCGAGAGGAAGAAGGAGAGCUGAUUGUGGAGGGCCUGCUGAACAUCUCCUGGGGCCUGUGCAGGCCGAUCCGCUUGCAGAUGCAGGACGACAACCAGCGCAUCCGCCCCCCUCCUUCCUCCUCCUCCUGGCACUCUGGCUGCAACCUGGGUGCCCACGGGUCUGUCAUUAAACCUACAACCUUGCCUGAUAUUCAGGUCACAGAUGCCGAGCCCCCAUCGGAAGGGGACGGGGCUGAUGCGAGAACGGAUGACAAAGAACUCAAAACACAACCGGAAGAGGUGCCCCAACUGAUGCGGACACGGAGCGAUGUUGGGGUGCGCCGCAGAGGGAACCUUCGCACCCCCAGCGAACAACGGCGGAUCAAGCGCCAUCGCUUCUCCAUCAACGGGCAUUUCUACAACCACAAAACCUCAGUGUUCACGCCAGCCUACGGCUCCAUCACGAACGUCCGUAUCAACAGCACCAUGACAACGCCACAAGUUCUGAAGCUGCUGCUCAACAAAUUUAAGAUUGAAAACUCAGCAGAAGAAUUUGCUUUGUACAUUGUACACACCAGUGGAGAAAAGCAGAAGCUCAGGGUCACUGAUUACCCACUGAUCGCUCGGAUUCUGCAGGGGCCGUGUGAACAGGUUUCCAAGGUUUUUCUGAUGGAGAAGGACCAGGUGGAAGAAGUCACAUAUGAUGUUGCUCAGUAUAUUAAAUUUGAAAUGCCUGUUCUAAAAAGCUUUAUCCAAAAACUUGAAGAGGAGGAAGACCGGGAAGUGAAGAAAUUAAGGCACAAGUAUUCUGUCCUGCGUAUAAUGAUUGAGCAACGAUUAGAAGAGAUCGUUGAAGGCCCAGCAACAAUGUAAAGGUUUGAUUUGGGAGACUGCAGCCUCCUGGCCCUCCCACUCCCCAGCCAGGCACCUGGGAAACAGAUUUCCUGAAGAAGACUUGUUUACAUGCUCUUAUGGACAAGGAUGUCUCUUCCUCCUGGAAUGGAGUUGAAUGAGAACCGCUUCGACCACUGUAUUUGCUCCUUCUCCCUUUAACAACAGUGAACUCAGUGGAGGAUCUGGGGAGAUGGGGAGGAUGCCUUUCAGCACCGGUGUUGAAAACAGGACAUCUCCAUGUCAGUUCUUCUUGAGCUGCUGCUGGUACUAGAUGAUCACCCUUGGAACCAGGCCUGCUGGAGGAGAAGGCUUCCAGAUGUCUUCCAGAUGUUUCCUCCACAGAGCAAUGCUUACCUUCUCAAAUCCUUCAAAAAUUUUGGCCAGCAUUGGGGAGGGUGUGGUUUUGGGAGUGUGGGGAGGAAAUGCCCUUCACUUGACUUCUCUGGCUUGGCAGUAGCAAGUAUGGACCUGGGUGGAGAUAAAGGAUUUAAAUGCUUUGGAGUUCCCCCAGGACGGCCUAACCUUGUCCAUCCCUCCUCAUCCAACCAUCCAGGUCUGGCCUUGCCUUUGAUCAUCUCUGUCUCUCGCUCCCGCCAUGCCCAUUGCCAAGUCUGUAGGGGCUGUGUUGGGUCUGGCCGAACUCCUGACCUGGCCCCAGCCUUCUUGUGUCUUCUGCUGAACUGAGCCUUGUCCUUCUGUCCACCUUUUGAGCCUUGAACCAUAGCUUCUCUAAAGCAGCCUCAGAGAUGAGGUUGCCUGCCCAGCACAGGAAACCUGCUCAGUUUUUCUAGUUCAGCAGUCAAGACUCCCCAGAUGGGCAUGGAAUGUAGAACCUCCAGAAAACAAAAACUCCUCUCUUGCCCUUCCUUUUUGCCUAAACUUUUCUCCAAGCAGUUACUUGUUUGUUUUCUUCUUCCCACAUUCACUUGCUAUCCUUCAGUGCUUUACUGUGAUAUGGUACUCAUUUUGUCCCAAGUUUGUGAAUGUCCAGAAUAUGUGGGUAUGCAGGUGGUGUUGGCUGCUGAGAGCUGGGCUCAGGAACUGACUCUUUGCAAGUCCUUGCAGGGAGGGGGCUUCUUGCAGGACCAUAGCUCUUCUGCUGCACUGCUUUUCAUAAAUCCAAAAGCUGUGCUGUGGCGUCUCAGCCCAACAGGGGCCAUGUGACCUUGGAGGUCCUUAUGUUCCUGUUGACUUUGGCCAGGCUCUGGAUGCUCUUUGCUGCCACAGACUGUGUAAAUCUGUGGGCAGGGACAACAGUGUGGGGCAAUAGAUAACUAAGCAUGCCUAGUGCUGGCAUUUUGAAAGUAUCCCCUGCUCCUUAAAUGCCACAUAUGGGUGCUUCUCAGGAAUGCCAAAGUUCUGCACAGUGGCUGGGUUCACACAGAAUGCCAAUCUAGGCUAGGAGUUUAGGUUGCUUGUGGUUCAACUUGUGGGAACCUGGCCAUUGUCUUAGCAUAUUGUGUGAACGAAACCAUGACAUGUAGUCAUAACAUGGUUUAUGUUUUGGGCAUUGCAUGAGAUAUGAACUCAAUAUUCUUUUGACCUGGAUUUAGCGCUGUGUGUGAAUUAAGCCAUUAAGUGACUGGCUAUCAACCCACCUUUCUCACUGAGUACCUCCCCAAAUGUUUUGGACUGUAACUUGUGUGAACAUAGGAUGCGAUCUUCCACUGAGUUAGAUCAUGGAUCUUUGGUGGAGAUCAUCAGCACUGACUGGAAGCAACCCUCCAGAGAGCUGGAAUCUUUCAGAUCCUCCUGGAGACACCACAGAUUGAAUCUGGGACCUUCUCUUUGCAAAGCAGGUACACUCAGUGUUGGCCAGGCUGGGUGAGGAAGAUGACUGUUGUAGUCCAAUACACUGGAGUGCAUCAAUUUUAUGAAGGCCAUAUGGAGCAAGGAAAUGGGGUGUGUGUGUUAAAUAUGCAAACCCCAUUAAUUGAUAUUUAAAAGAAAAAAAGGAUAGUUGAUUUAGUUAAAAAGAUGAGCUGUAAUGGGGUAGCAAAAACAACAGAUGUUUCAGAAACUAUAACAACUGUUGUUCAUUCUCAUCUACUUCUGUGGGACUUCUUUGGCCUUCCUUGAGAUCUGACGUGACGUGCACCCAAAAUAAAAGUUGACUAGAAGCAUUAUUUUCAAAGCUCUUUCCCAAUGUUAUGCCCAGGGUUAUUGCAACAGACUCCGUAGAAAUCCAUUCUUGCAUUUCCAGAGUAGUAAUGA